AAUCUGACAGGCCUCUCAACCCUCCAUAGUUGAAAAUAUUUAACAGUCUAAUUCCUAUCGAAGCUGAGAACGAAUCGUGCAAGAUAUUCAAAACCGAAUCCAAUAUAUUUGAUAAUUAUAUUUCGACAUCAACUUAUUCCUUUCGAUUAAAGCUCGGAGUGUUUUCGGUGUUUGAUUGGUAUUUUGGAAAUCACAUGAGAACUAGAUGUCUUUGGAGACAUCAUCGUCAAGGUUCCGCCAGAUGUUCCUAUCAUGCGUUGGUCCAUUUACCUAGCAUGUGCAGCGUUGGUUAUUUCGAUAAAAGCUGAUGAGAAUUCUGUAGACUACUACGGCUCUUUCUUAGAGCCAAUCAACAUAGCAGCCGAACAAGAAACGUUGAACAACUAUUUACUACCCAAGGUACAACCGAAAUACAAACCUGAGUGGAGGAGACUAGGCGGUACUGGUCUUUAUUUGGUUACUGAUGACCUGAACACUGACAGUGAAAGAUUGAAUCCCGAGACCAGGAUCAAGAGGGCUGAAUUCAUGAGGCCAAGGGGAUCCCUGUCCAUCGUAAACUCACUGGACGCUCUAAGGAACAAACUGGUCAUGGAAAUGGCAAGAAAGAAGACCCAACAGAAUGCAGAACGCAACCGUCAAUUCCUACAAUCGUUCGGAAAAAGGUCGUACGCGGUCCACCGGAAUAUUGAUAGGUUCAACAAUAUGUAAUUCUUUUAUCCUCAUGGCUUCCGUGUGCGUGAAUCAGUGGGUAGAAAUCAAAUCGCAAAAACGACACCAUUGCGACAAAAUUCGCCCAACACCCAACACUAGCUAAUUUGAACAACUGUAUUCAUUCAUUUAAUUGUCCAUAAAUAAUUUCUUUAUUCCUGAUUUACUACCAAAACAAUUCACUGGUCCAUACAGUGAUCUGAAUAAAGAAUAUUAUCGAGUUUACAGGUCCAAAAUUAACAAAGCGCCACACAAUCACACAGCACACAGUAAUAUUCAAAUUCAACAAUAUUCAACGCAGAAUAUUUCUUGUUGCAUGUCAUCUAAAUCAAAAUAUUUAACCUGGGUCAUUUUCCCAUGAAAUAUUCAAUUCGAAUAAGAGCAAGAAACAGACGGAAUAGGAUUGUUUGAACCAGAAGAAUGUUAGAUUCUCUACUAGAAUUCUUAUUUUGUAGGCAUAUAAUUUUUAAAUGUCAGUAAUAAAAAAUAAAAAAAAUAUAAAGAUAAAGAUUAUUUUAAUUUAUAGAUUUACUAACAGUUGUAAGAAAAAAUGGAAUCAAUAUAAAAAAAAAUAGGGCCUAUAAUAAUUGUUAAAUUCAAACGCAGUAGAGCGUGAAAACUAUAGAUGUAAAAUGAAUCAUACUUCAGUUGAAUUAUAAUGCGUAAAAUGAGUUCUGAAACCUGAUUCAGACAACACACUAUUUUUUUUUUUUAAAGAUAUGUUUGUAUAUAUUUUUCAGUUGCACUUUCAUCCUUAUAAGGGCUUAUAGUUAUUUAUUUCAUGAAGUGAAGGAGUUAAAAAUUAAUGUCCAUUUAGGAAUUAUUUCAUUCAAUCCUUACGCUCUUUUUUUUUUCAAUUAUUUUGGACACAUGUAUGUACAACGACAUUGUUGCUUAGAGUAUAUUCAAAGAAAUAUAUAAUACAUUGAAAGUAGAAAAUUAGAAAUAAAUCUAUGCGAUACGGUAGAUUUUAAGAUAUAAGAAAUUGUGAUGAUUUUAUGGUAAACCAACCUUAAAACGAUGUGAAUUUGAUUUCAAGCAAUGUACCAAUAAAAGUACUUUCAAAAUAAAGAGUAUAUAGAAGCA